AUGGUACGCAAGGCCUCGCGUGCGUUGUCAUCCUCCCCCGUCUCCGCGUAUCCUCAUUCAGUCACAGGCACUAGCAGUGUCUCAUCGGAGUCCACAGCAUGCUCCUCCGCCACGGAAACGCCAGGUCGGAUCUGGUUCGAAGACGGGAACGUCGUCGUCAUUGCCCAGAACAGCUCGUUCCGCGUCAACGAGGGCAUCCUAGGUCAUCGAUCUAGGGAGUUUCGCAGGUUAAUCAAGGAGGCGAGGAGGGCCAACCGGACGGGUGUUGAGUUGCGCGUUUCCGACUCUUCACACGAUUUUGAGCAUUUGCUACGCAUACUGUACGAGGGUUUCGAGUACACAAAAGCCCACAGGCCGACGACGUUCAGCGAUCUUGCUUCCGCCACACGCCUGGCGCACAAGUACACGAUCUCCUCUGUACUCGACCAAUCCUUCGAGCGGCUCCGAACGUUCUUCCCCUCCACCCUGGACGAGUGGGAUGAACACGAGGCCCUCCGCGCGCCAUCUUCGCCCUCGUUCUCACCCCAGAAUGCGAUCGAGGCCGUCAUCCUCUUCCGCUCCCUCCCUCCCACCAGCCCAGCGGUCGCGAUGCUCCCGACCGCGCUCUACCUCGCCGCCCAAGUCCCACCCGCGCUGCUGUUCCGCGGCACCUGGCGCGCGGACGGGACGCUCGAGAAGCUCGGAGACCACGCCGGCGUCGCAGAGGAGGUUCUCACGCUGCACACAUCCCUCAUCCGGCACGCCGUCGCCGCGCACUCAGCUGUGUACGACGGCGCCCCGAAGGCGGGACUCUUCCACUCCUGUGGUGCCGCGCUCGAGCGCGCGGAAAAGGACUUCCGGCAGGCGGCGGUGCAUGGGGACCCGCUUAGUCGGGCGCUGCGGGACGAAAUCGAGGGGCUGGCGGGGGACAAGUACAAGAUCUGCGAGUUCUGCGUUAAGGAGUUGAGGCGGCGGGAGCGGGAAUACAGGAUGAAGAUAUGGGGAGAGCUGCGGGGCGUCAUCGAUGAGGAAAGUCCGGACAAGGGAAAAGAACAGAUGGCGGAUGUGUUGAAAGCGGAGAAGACGGCAGGCGAAAAGCCAAGUAAACGAUAA